AUGUCAUACGUGGCAGAGCUAGUCGGAGGAUAUGAUAAGACCCCAUUUACAAUCAAAGACCUAUACAAUCGAAUGUCAUCGGCUUCAACUGUUGGCUUUAAGGGGUCGGAUGCUAGCAGAGCCUUAGGGUAUCUGGAGCACAAAGCAGAUCACGAUCCAGGUUUCUAUGGUUUAUUUGCUUAUGAUAAAGGCAAGAGAUUACUUCACCUGUUCUGGGUAGAUGCAAAAUCAAGGUCGGAUUACGAAAGAUAUGGACACGCAAUCGCCUUUGAUUCUACAUAUAAGACAAAUAGCUUUGGUAAGCCUUUUUUGAUUUGGGUUGGUAUUAAUAACCACUUUCGGACUUGUAUACUUGGUUUCGCAAUCCUUGACAAUGAAUCCACUGCUAGCUACAUGUGGGCAACGAGGGCCUUCUUGGCUUGUAUGAAAGGUGUGCUACCGAUAACAGUUGUCACCGAUGGAGAUCCUGCCAUUGAAAAAACACUAAAAGAGUUGAUGCCUAAUGUCACACAUCGGCUAUGUUAUUGGCAUAUACACAACAAUGCCAUUUCUCACACAAAAGACCCAUCAUUCGGGAAGGAACUAACUAAUUUAGUGUUUAGAUAUUACACUGAGGAGGAAUUUGAAAGAAGGUGGGCAGCAUUGCUCACUCACUUUGAUGUGGAAGAUAACUCAUAUGCCGCAAGUCUUUAUAAAUCAAGAAAGAGUUGGGCAGAAACCUUCUUGAGGGGAAAUUUUUUUUGCGGAAUGACAACAACCCAAAGGAGCGAGGGUAUUAAUGCUGUCUUGAAGAAGAAGGUCAAUCAACAUAUGAAGAUGUAUGAGUUUGUUAGAGCUCUUGACAUGGCACUUUCAUGGGUACGACAAUGA